GAGCCCUUUAGAAUCCUGCCAAAUGGGUCACCUCUUUUCAGGUUUGAAUUUCCCUUUGCCUCCAACGGCUAAACUUACAAAUGCCCAGAUAGCCGUUAGAGAUCUGCACAACUCAUUACUUUCUCAUUUUGAAAACCAAACGAGCACAAAUCAAGGAAGCUCUUCGCCGUCUCCCCUUCACACUCCAGCAGGCUCUUUCCGACAUUUUAGGGUUUAACUCAUCGCCAGUUACUUCCUGUUGGUGUGAGUACGUUUGAUAGAUCAACAUGAUGUCACUUACUCCCGAUCAAUUUAGGAAAGUGGGGUUGGGGGUAACCGCAUCUCCUUCCCCCUUUCUUACUCCUCGACAUGAACGCCGGCGUCCAGAUUCUAGAGUACUUGAUUGGAACUCAAAUCGUCAUGAUCGGGAUCGGGAGGUCAAUGUGCAAGUGCUGCUCAGAUGCAGGCCAUUAAGUGACGAAGAGCAAAGGUUGAAUGUGCCCAAGGCAAUAUCUUGUAAUGAACAUAAAAAAGAAGUCAUAGUCUUGCAAAGUCUAGCAAACAAGCAAAUUGAUAGAGUUUUCGCAUUUGAUAAGGUUUUCGGGCCCAAAGCACAGCAAAGAUCAAUUUAUGACCAAGCUGUUGCCCCAAUUGUCAAUGAAGUUCUUGAGGGUUUCAAUUGCACUGUCUUUGCAUAUGGUCAGACUGGCACUGGUAAAACAUAUACAAUGGAAGGAGGUGGGAUGAGAGGAAAGAGUGGGGAGUUGCCAGCAGAAGCUGGUGUGAUUCCAAGAGCAGUUCGCCAAAUUUUUGAUACACUAGAGGCUCAAAAUGCUGAUUACCGUAUGAAAGUCACGUUUUUGGAGCUUUACAAUGAAGAAAUAACUGAUUUGUUGGCUCCUGAGGACUAUUCAAGGCCUAUGGAAGAUAGGCAAAGGAGACCCAUUUCCUUGAUGGAGGAUGGCAAGGGUUGUGUGAUUGUAAGGGGCCUUGAAGAAGAAGCUGUAUACAGUGCAAAUGAAAUCUAUAACGUCUUGGAAAGAGGAGCAGCAAAAAGGCAUACAGCAGAUACCUUGUUAAACAAGCGUAGCAGUCGUUCCCAUUCAGUUUUCUCCAUAACUGUGUAUGUCAAGGAAGCAACUGUGGGGGAUGAAGAGCUCAUUAAAUGCGGCAAACUUAAUCUUGUUGAUUUGGCAGGAUCAGAGAAUAUUUCUCGGUCUGGUGCACGAGAGGGUCGUGCUAGGGAAGCAGGGGAGAUAAACAAGAGCUUGCUCACCCUGGGCCGCGUCAUAACUGCACUUGUGGAACAUUCUAAUCAUAUACCUUACAGGGAUAGUAGGCUUACGAGAUUGCUAAGGGACUCACUGGGAGGAAAAACAAAAACAUGCAUAAUUGCAACAAUUUCUCCAUCUGUUCAUUCUUUGGAUGAAACUUUAAGCACGCUAGAUUACGCUCAUCGUGCCAAAAACAUCAAGAACAAACCAGAGGCAAACCAAAAAAUGUUCAAGGCUGCUCUGCUUAAGGAUUUGUACUUGGAACUUGAGAAAAUGAAACAAGACGUUCGAGCUGCUCGGGAAAAGAAUGGUGUCUACAUUCCACUCGAAAGAUUUGCCCAAGAUGAAGCUGAAAAGAAGGCAAGGAAUGAGAAGAUAGAGCAAUUGGAAAUUGAUCUUGCCCUCAGUGCAAAGGAAGUUGAAAAAUAUUGUGAAUUGUAUCAUACUGAACAAGAAGAGAAACGAAAGACAGAAAGGGAGCUCAAAGAUUGCAAGAUAAAUCUGGAAAACUGUAACAAGGCUUUGCAGAAUCUUCAAGAAAAUCACAGGGUCAUUGUCUCAACACUUAAAGAAAAGAAGUUUAUCAUCUCGAAGCUACUACACUCAGAAAAUUCUUUAGUUGAACAUGCAAAGGAGCUCUGCACCAAUUUGAAAAAUGCAUCAGAGGAUAUUGAUAAGCUGUUCACAAAAAUAGAUCAGAAAAACAUGAUGGAAGCAGAAAACCACAGGCUGGUUCUGACAUUUGGUUCUGAUCUUGAUCAAAGCUUGAAACAUCUCCACAAGAUCAUUCUAGGGUCAGUGUCUCAACAGCAGCAACAUCUAAGAUGCAUGGAAGAGCAUGUUGGCUCGUUUCUUGCUAGCAAAUGUGAUGCAACUCAGGCUUUGGAAUCAAAAAUUAAGAAAAUGACAGAAACAUAUGCAUCAGGAGUGCUGGCCAUAAAAGAGCUCACCGACACACUGCAAAGGAAAACCACCUCUGAUCUUGAGCAGAUAAAAUCUACAAUAUUAGCCCAAACAAUGGGUGCUGAAAAUUUCCUUGUCACUGCAGUUUCGGAGGCCAAAGAAGUUAUUUGCAAUAUUCAGAAUUCCCUUGAUGAGGAGAAACAGCUGUUGGCCAUUUCUGCUCAAAAGCUGGAGGAGGGAUUACAUCGAACACUAGUAUCAGCACAAAUGAUUUCAAAGGCAACAGUGGGAUUUUUCAACGACCUUCAUCAUCGUGCUUCUAAACUUAUGACAACUAUUGAAGAAAGCAAAUUUGAAAAAUUCCAACAAUUGGCAGCAUUUGAGAAGAUGUUUAAGGAAGAAGCUGCUAGGGAGGAGAAAGUAGCUAUGGAAAAAAUUGCAUUAAUAUUGGAAACAUUGACAUCAAAGAAGACAGCAAUGGUCUCAGAGGCAUCGAGAAACAUUCAGAAUUCAACCACACGGGAAAAUAAGAGACUGCAACAAGAGAUGUCCAACAUGCAGCAAGUUUCAGCUAAUGCCAAGGAGGAGCUUUGUAAAUAUGCAGAAAAGAUGAAAACCCAUUUCUUGGAAGACACUUUCUCAUCAGCUGAAACCCGAGCUACCAUGGAAUAUUGUCUCCAGGAAAGCACAAAGAUGCUGAAUUACUCCAAGCAGCAGUGGGAUGAUGCCCAGUUAUCCAUACGUCAUCUUAACAAGACAUAUGUUGCAGAGAUAGAAUCAACAAUGAGGUCAAACACUUCUGCAGAUAACACUUUAUAUGAAGAAUUUUCCUGCAAAUCAUCAUAUCUGGAUGCAGAACUUGAUGCAAGAACAUGUGAGAUGCUGGCUGCUGUUAAUGAUUCACUUAUGCUGGACCAUGAAAGUAAGAAGAAAUUAGACUCCAUGGCUAACCUGUGCUUCAAUCAGCUAAAGUCGGUACAGGAGCAGCAUGGUGAAAGCAUAUCAAAUAUUCGAAAUCAAGCAGAACAAUGCUUCACUAAAGAUUAUUUGGUCGAACAGCAUACGAAUACAACACUGAAGAAACAAGUAAUAGCUGUGCCAAGCUUGGCAUCGAUUGAGGAGAUGAGAGCUGCAGUCUCUGAAGAUCUGAAUGAUGCUGAGAGCAAGAUCCAGCAACAUCAACAACAGCUAUCUAUAGCAGUCUCUGAAGAUCUGAAUGAUAGUGAGAGCAAGAUCCAGCAACAUCAGCAACAGCUAUCUAUAGCAGCAUCACUCAGUAGAACACCCUUUACAGAUAUCAAUUGAUUAUAGUUAGCACUAGAGAAAUGGAAUGCAACAAAACCAAGAGUACCAUGUUUGUUGUAUGUCGGUAGUUGUGCGAAUUACCGGGAUUCACUCAUCAACUGAUGAGAGUAUCCAUUGAGAUGCUGCAAUUUGCUUGCUCAUCCAGAAAAAAAGCCCAGGUAUAUAGUAGUAUAAGGGGCUUUGGUUAGGCUAGAAAUGUAUCGUUCUGGUACGGGCUGCUCUCUACUAGAGCACCAAACAAUUCACGGAUGCUAUUAUUAUGGUAUACAAUUAUAUUCACUGUCAA